AUGACUGAUAAAUAUGAGAUAUGGCGAAGACUGGCUAACGAAAAGGCCAGAGGGGCGGAGUUCGACUCCAAUGAGCGUCGCCCAUUCUCCCAAUGUCUCCCAGGUACUCGCGUCGAGCUUCUGAGAGAGCUGGAUGCAACAAUAACUCAAGAAGAUCGCAAGAUUAUAUGGCUGUUUGGAGGCUCGGGCUCUGGAAAGUCAAGCAUCGCCUAUUCCGUCGCGGAACGCCUCCGUACACAAGAGCGGCUGGCUGCCACCUUCUUCUUUUCGCGGAAACAUCUCACCAGAAGCGGCAUCGACUACGUGCUCCCAACCAUUGCUUACCAGAUUGGUCUCCUUCAUCAUCGCGCUAAGGACGUCAUCAUUAAGGCCAUCAGAAACGAUCCCGAGUUGCUCUCUCCCAAAAAAUCUCUUCGCAGCCAGUUUGAAAGCCUUAUCGUCGCGCCUCUUCGGGAGCUUCGUCGUGCAUGGGAAGCGGGAAGAAUGAUGAUAUUCGACGCAAUUGACGAGGGGAAAACAACGAAUGGUUGUGAGCCCAAGAUAAGACUCCUUGUUUCUAUGUUCGCCGAUCUCGUCCGUGAUGCCGAUAUCCCCAUCUCUACCAUUCUCUGCACCAGUCGGCCUCUUCCUUCUCUCGAAUCUCUCCCGCAGCGUAUCUGUCCCUCGGGUUUGGUCGCCACCUUUCAAGUCGAGUCCUUCGACGCACUACAUGAUGUAGAAAUUUUCCUUCGCCAGUCCUUUCAGGAUAUCUAUGAGAUGCGCGAACUAGAGUUCUCUCACCCUAUACCGUGGCCUCCCGAGGUCGUUCUCAACGUGCUUCUCAGCCAAGUUAGAGGCCAGUUCAUCAUCGCCGCGACAAUAGUCAGACUCGUCCAUGACGCACCAGACCCCACCAGCUGUAUUAACGCCCUCGCAGACAUGUAUCAAGGUAAUCUUCGCCCCUUGGACCUCAGCCUUGGCAACAUAGACUCGGUCUAUCGCUACAUCCUUUCCGAUUGCGAACCUGGGAGCCUUCGGACUGGGACUGAGUGUCUCUCGGAUAUCAUCGCGCUCGCAGAGCCCCUGUCCCUGUCCAACCUCUGCAAGCUAGCUGCUUGCGACGUUCACAAGCGCAUUGUCAACCUUUCGGCAGUCAUCUAUCUCCCAUCUAUGGCGUCAACUGAUACCGUUCAGAUAUACCAUAGCUCAUUGCGCGACUUUUUGGCUGACAAGUCUCGCUCCAAAGAAUACCAUGUUGACCCUGCUGAGUCGCACCGACGUCUCGCAUGCUCGUACUUCAGGAUCAUGCAGAGAGAGCUGAAAAAGGAUAUAUGUGGCCUUGGGGAUCCGACAUCGAAACUCCAUUCUGAAAUUGAGGACUUUGAGCAAAGGGGUGAUGCGGCGAUAUCGGGCGCCCUGCAUUAUGCGUGUCUCUAUUGGCCAUAUCAUCUCGAGAGGACCAAUCCGGAUGCCGAAGUCCGGGCUCUUGUACUUCACCUUCUACAGAAGCAGCUGUUUUUUUCAUAGAGAUAUCAUCCUUGAUGGGCUUCUUGCAUGUCGCCGCUAGAUGUCUUCUUGAUGCUCGACGCGCUAUAAAAGGGUGGAGCUCUUUUGAUGAUCAGGAACUCGCGACGCAGCUCAUGUAUGAUGCAUGGCGCCUUAUACUGAAGUUCUCAGAGCCUAUAUCCGAAUCAGCCCUUCACGUUUACGAGUCUGCGCUGCCUAUGUGUCCAUUGAACACAUCUCUUCGACUCAUGUACCAGAAAACUUGCGAAGAGAGC